AUGCGGGAAUCCCUGUGCCGAGCAGCCACCUCGCACCUCGCCCUCCUCUCACCAGAGGAGGCUGUGGAGGAGGCUCUGCCCGUGCUGGUUCUGGCUGCAGAGGCCAUUGCCGACUGCCUGUCCUUUGGCAACCCGUUGAGGAGGACCAGGGCGGCCGCAAUACAGGAGGUCUUCCUGCAGGAGAGCCUUGAUGAGAGCGACGAAGCAGCGGCUCGGUGCAAGGCCAUCCGCGAGGCCUGA